CCUCCUCCCCAUAAAGGAGGAGCAACCGACGGAGUGAGCAGAACGCAGUCCGUAGCAUCGCCCGUUUGUUUCGCAGUGCGCGCUUUGCAUAGCCAUCAUGACCAAGACUGAAAUGUCCGCGCCGGCCUCCCCGUUGAAAGUGGGGCGCUCCCCCGCAGUCAAAGCUGGAGGUAUGAGAGUUGCCAAGAAGCUGGAGAAUGCACCUGUUGAAAAAAGUGCCAAAAUCCCAGGGAGAGAGAAGACUAGCUCUCUUAACGUCAUGAAAAUGCAAAGCAUGAAUAUUCUGCUUUCAGAUGUGCUGGAUAAACUCAGGCAUAAAUUUCCAGCAACAGUCACACAACAUCAAAAGCCACGGCCCACUCUGGAGAAGAUUAUACUGCCCAAAAGACUGUGCAUUAUUCAUCAGCCCCGGAAAUGUUAAAGAUGUAGAGUAAAAUAUUCAUAUAUUUGACAGACUUGCUCUUAACAUAACAGCACUUAGCUAAGGAAGCAGUAAAUGGACCAAAUGGCUCCAGCAAUAUCUACUUUGUAUUUCUCUUGCAAUAAAAACUGUGUAUGUUCAGUUUUGCAUCCUACCCAUGUCUUGAAAUUUUGUUUGACUUUUCUUUGUUGUUGUUUUUUUGCAUAGCUUCUGAUUGUCCACAAUACCCUUGUUUUAACAUUCCCAAACCAUCUUAUCACAGCAGUUACUGCUUUGAACAGACAAGCAGUUUUUCUCUAGCCAUAACAUUGACAAGGUUAUUGCCUCUUUAUCCUUUCACUCCUGGGAAUGUGGACACACUGGAAAAAAAGUAGGAUUGCUAAGUCUUCCUAACUUCUCUAGGUAAAUUGACUAGAAUUUCUGAUGAACCAGAUAAAGGGGGUCAUUUUUACCCAUAAAAAUGAUGCUAGGGUUCAGUCCUGUUUUAAAAAAACCACCCUACCUGCCUUUGAAAGCACAUCUUAAUACCAGAUUUGUGAGGACAACCUGUGGUUGGAUAGCGGUGAAGAAGCACUGGCUUAUUAAUAUAGGGUUAAGUCAAUUUUGUAUUUCUUUUUUCUUCUGGUGUGCGUUUAAACUUUUCUUGAGUUGAAGAUGUAAUGCUACAUUUUUAUUUGGGGGGAGGGUUGCUAUUGCAUUAGCCAACUAGAAUGCAGUUUGCUGUCAGUGAUGGAUAAAUACUUAUCCAUCUGGGAUGACGCUAUGUUUUUUGUUUUCUAGUAUUUCAGCAGUGUUAGAAAAUAGAAGAGAGACCAUUAAGAAUUCUGUUCUGUUCAACGUUAAGUGCUUGAAAGGUAACUCUUGUUUCCUAUACAGUACUGUGAAAGCCAAUGACUUGUUUUUUACAGACUUUAGGAUCUGAAUUUAUUCCCAGUAACAGCUACAUAGUGCCUUGUAUGGGAGCUUUCUUGUGAGGAACAAUUAAUUGACAUAACCAUUGCAGAACCUCCAAGCUAUACAAACAUCUACAGGAUGAAGAGUUUGGUGUGAAUCUCGGGGUUCUGUGUGACACAUCCAUCACUGUCGCUUGUCUGAAUUUAAUACUCGCAUGCAAUAAAGAACAUUUACUUAUCUACUUA